ACAUUCUUGAGAUGGACUCCGAGGAUGAGUUGGAGGGAGAUACAGAAAUUCAGUUAGGGGAGUCUGAUGAUGUUGUUUAUUCUGAGGAGUUGCUGCCCACCUACAAGUCUAUUCCCGAGGGGGCAUCUCUCAGAAAAGUAGCAAAGGUUGACUUCAAUGGCAGGCCCGAUUCGCUGUUCUUCAAUGAUGGGAAACGCAGGAUUGACUUUGUGUUGGUGUAUGAAGAUGAGAGCAAGGAGCAUGAGAAAGGACGAACAAUCCAAAGGAAAAAAAGACGGAGGCAGUACUUUGAGGCCAGUUUGAUGAAGAUGGGCGUGGAGCUGGAGGCAACACCAUCUGUAGUGGAUGAGAAGCUGUUCUAUAUAAAGGUGCAUAUGCCAUGGGAUGUGCUGUGCACAUACGCUGAAGUCCUCCAUAUUAAGCUGCCCAUCCAGCCCAAUGACCUGGCCUCUGAUUCAUCUCCAUUCAACUGUGUCACUAAGUACUUCAGUCCCAGUGAAGACGUCAUAGCUAAAGAGACAGAGUUUUUCACUGCACCCUUUGCAAGGGACAGGAUCGACUGUUUCUAUGUUAAAGACAAAGAACAGUUCUUUACCCCUGCCAUGAGGAGCAGAAUGGCCUACUACAUCCUUUGCCGAGCACCAUAUGAGGUGAAGGGACAGAUAAAGAAGUUUGGUAUUAACAAACUUCUAGAUGGAGGAGUAUAUAAAGCAGCAUAUCCUCUUCAUGAUUGCAGGUUUAAUGUGAAGUCUGAGGAAGCCAGCUGCCCCAAUGAGAGGUUCCUGCUGUAUAAUGAGUGGGCUCACCCUAAAUGCUUCUACAAGAUGCAGCCACUGGACCUGAUCAGAAAGUACUAUGGGGAGAAGAUUGGUGUUUACUUUGCCUGGUUGGGUUUCUACACCCUAAUGCUUGCCGUGGCUGCUUUUGUUGGGCUUUGCUGUUUCAUUUAUGGCUAUCAAACCCGAGAGAGCAGCACCUGGAGCAAAGAGGUUUGUGAUCCUAUGAUUGGUGGGCAAAUCAUCAUGUGCCCACAGUGUGACCAGAAAUGCCCCUACUGGAGGCUGAAUAGCACCUGUGAAACCUCUAAAGAACUCUGCAUAUUUGACAACUAUGGGACACUAGUGUUUGCUGUGUUCAUGGCAAUUUGGGUGACCCUGUUCCUGGAGUUCUGGAAACGUUACCAGGCCGAGCUGGAGUAUGAAUGGGACACUGUGGAGUUUCUUGAACAAGAGGAGCAGCCACGACCUGAGUAUGAGGCCAAGUGUGUCUAUGAGAGAAUCAACCCUGUCACACGGACAAAGGAGAAAGUCCCAUUUACAACUUGUGGAAAAUGUCUGCGAGUGUCCUGUGGGAUUGGCACAGUGUUAUUCUGGGUGCUGUUGAUCAUUGCAUCUAUGGUGGCAGUCAUCGUGUACCGCCUGGCUGUGUUCUUAGCAUUCUCGAAAAAAAUGCCUAGUGGCCUGCAGGACCUUGAGCCUCUUAAAGAGUAUGUCACCCCACAGAUGGCAACUUCCGUCUCUGCAUCUGUCAUCAGCUUUGUCAUCAUCAUGAUCCUCAACUACUUUUACGAGAGGGUUGCCAUCUGGAUCACAGACUUUGAGUUACCACGUACGAAAACAGAGUAUGAGAACAGCCUAACUCUGAAGAUGUUCCUGUUCCAGUUUGUGAAUUAUUACUCCUCCUGUUUCUACAUUGCCUUCUUUAAGGGCAAAGUGGUUGGUUACCCAGGCAAACCUGUUUAUUUACUGGGAAGGUACAGGAAUGAGGAGUGUGACCCAGGAGGCUGCCUGAUUGAGCUGACCACUCAGCUGACUGUCAUUAUGGGUGGCAAGGCUAUCUGGAACAACAUACAGGAAGUGCUGCUCCCGUGGCUGAAGAAUGUAAUUUUCCGGCACUGCACUCAGGUACAUUCAGAGAAAAUAAUCCCACGCUGGGAGCAGGAUUACCAGCUCCAGCCACUGGGGAAGCUGGGCCUGUUUUAUGAGUACCUGGAAAUGGUGAUCCAGUUUGGCUUUGUGACUCUAUUUGUGGCCUCAUUUCCCCUGGCUCCUCUCUUGGCUCUGGUUAAUAAUCUGUUUGAGAUCCGGGUGGAUGCCUGGAAGAUCACAACACAGUUUCGACGCAUAGUGCCUGAGAAAGCUCAGGACAUUGGUGCAUGGCAGCCCAUCCUCCAGGGUGUUGCCAUUUUAGCAGUGGCAACAAAUGCAGCAAUAAUUGCCUUCACCUCAGACAUGAUCCCUCGGCUGGUGUAUUACUGGUCCUUCUCUGUGGCACCGUAUGCGGAGAACUCCACCCAUACAAUGGAGGGCUACAUCAACAGCACACUCUCUGUGUUUAAUAUUACGGACUUCACCAAUGCAACGAGGCCUGAUGACAAUUAUCAUUGGGUCAAUUUAACCACCUGCAGGUACCGAGAUUUCAGAAAUCCACCUGGGCACCCCAAACAAUAUGAAUACACCAUUUACUACUGGCACGUCAUUGCUGCCAAACUUGCUUUUAUUAUUGUUGUGGAGCACAUAGUGUACCUCACCAAAUUUGUGCUGUCCUACGUGAUCCCAGAUGUGCCAUACGCUGUAAAGGAGCAGAUUAAACGAGAGCGCUACCUGACACAGGUUAUCCUCCACGAGGCAAAUCUGAAACUGGUCACAAAGCACCUCAAACCUAUGACUGACCAGAUCCUUCAGCAGACUGAGAACGUGGAUGUGGAAGACACCCUGUAA